AUGUGUUAUAGCGGACCAAGGAUGACAAAGACAAUAGGAUACCGAGACUGGAGAUGGCUUGCGCUUUGGUGGCAUCAUUUCUUUCUCUUGUGGAGUACAAUAAACGGACAGACUCGUUACAGCAUCCCAGAGGAACUCAAACAGGGCUCUGUGGUAGGAAAUCUAGCCAAAGAUCUUGGUUUGGGACUAUCAGACAUUUUUGAUCGUAAAAUGCGUGUCGCCUCUGAGGCUGGUAAGCAGUAUUUCAGUGUUGAUGCGGGGAAGGGCGAGCUGGUGGUGAAUGACAGGAUAGACAGAGAGACUCUAUGUGGACAAAGCACCAGCUGUGUACUACCUCUGCAAGUAGUUGUUGAAAAUCCUUUGAGGUCUCAUCGUAUUGAGGUGGAAAUAAGAGACAUAAAUGACAAUUCUCCGAGUUUCCUUACACAGGAGAUUAACCUUAAAAUACCAGAAUCAGUUGCACUAGGUAAACGUUUUCCUCUGGAGAGCGCGGAGGACCCUGACGUUGGAAGCAAUUCUUUAAAAACGUACUCACUGAGCAAAAAUGAAUAUUUUUCUUUAAAAUUUAAAGAAACAAAAAAUGGUAAAGCUGUGCCAGAAUUGCUGUUAGAAAAGCCAUUAGACCGAGAAAAGAAUGCUAUCCAUCAUCUGCUGCUGACAGCAUUGGAUGGAGGAAACCCUGUCAAAUCGGGAACAUGUAAUAUUAUUAUUACUGUACUUGAUAAUAACGACAAUUUCCCAGUAUUCAACGAAAAUGAGUACAAAGUGUCUUUAAAGGAGAACAGUACGAAAGGAACGUUUGUAAUCAAACUAACAGCUACAGAUGCCGAUGAUGGUCUUAAUGGUGAAGUUAAAUAUUAUUUUGGGUCCCGCACUCCAGACUCUGUGUUAUCAACAUUUGAAAUCAAUGAUAUAACAGGAGAAAUCGUAUUAAAGGGAGAACUAGAUUAUGAGAGUUCAAAAGCAUACCUUAUCGACAUAACUGCAAAAGACAAAGGCAUUCCGGAAAUGGAGGGUGACUGUCGUGUACAGUUGGACAUAGAGGAUAUCAAUGAUAAUGCUCCAGAAAUUGUGCUCACUUCAAAACCCAGUACUGUUCGCGAGGACGCACCAAGGGGCACAGUGGUGGCUUUGAUCAGCGCACGAGACCUUGACUCCGGUGAUAACGGUAAAGUGUCGUUAACACUUCCCAAACGGUCUCCUUUCACUCUGAAACCAUCUUUCUCUAAUAAUUAUGAACUGGUGACCAGUGGUCCUUUAGACCGAGAGAGAUUCUCAGAGUAUAAUAUAGAGAUCACAGCCACUGAUUCAGGCUCUCCUCCUCUGUCCAGUAAGAAAACGAUACCUGUCAGCAUCACUGAUGUGAAUGACAACCCCCCUAUAUUCACACAGCCCUCCUUUAAUGUGUAUUUAAAAGAGAAUGGGGUACCAGGCUCUAUACUGUACUCAGUAUCAGCAUCUGACCUGGAUUUUGGUGAAAACGCCAAAAUCUCCUACUCCAUCUUGGACUCUAAAGUGCAGGACGUCUCUGUCUCAUCUUAUGUUUACAUUAACUCAGAUAACGGCAGCAUCUACAGCAUGCACUCGUUUGACUAUGAGAAGCUGAAGGUGUUUCAGAUUCAGGUUCAGGCAAAGGAUCAGGGCUCUCCGUCUCUCAGCAGCAACGCCACCGUCCAUGUUUUUAUCCUGGACCAGAACGACAACGCCCCCUCUGUUAUUUACCCCUCCUCCGCUGCCCUGGGCUCCCUCUCUCAUCAGAGGAUGCCCCGCUCCGCUAAAGCGGGUCACCUGGUCACUAAGGUGACGGCCGUGGACGCUGACUCGGGCCAUAACGCCUGGGUCUCCUACAAACUGGCGGAGGCCACGGACGCCUCUCUGUUCACUGUCAAUAUGUACACAGGGGAGGUGAGGACUAAACGCGCUGUGUCCGAGCAGGACGACUCCUCUCAGAGGCUGCUUAUAGAGAUCAAGGACGACGGGGAACCGCUCCAGUCCGCCACCGUCACGGUGUCCAUUCUGCUGGAGGACGGCCUCCAUGAGCCCAUCUUAGACCUCCGACAGAAAGUGGCCGAGCCCAGCAAGAAAACUGGGAGAAUCACCCUUUAUUUGAUUCUCUCUCUGGCCUCGGUGUCCGUGCUGUCUCUGGUGACUUUUCUCAUCUUAACGGUGAAAUGCAUGAGGAACAGCAGAAGCAGCGGUAGUUGCUGCAUGACACGGACCGACUGUGAUGAUUACAAGAACCCCAACAGAAACCUGCAGAUUCAGCUCAACACUGAUGGACCUAUAAAGUACGUGGAGGUCCUGGGAGGAGACAUGAUGUCUCAGAGUCAGUCCUUCAGGUCCUGUAUGUCUCCAAUGUCAGAGUACAGUGAUUUCACUUUGAUUAAACCCAGCAGCACCACUGACUUUAAAGAGGUGAUCAGUGUUCUGGAUGCGUCUCUACCCGACAGCACCUGGACCUUUGAGAGCCAGCAGGUGAGCAGAUGA